AUGUCAUUCAAAUUAUCUUCUUUAAAACUACCAUCUAAAAAAGUAUUGGCUUUUUUUGGCGUAUGUGCUACUAUACCUGGUUUAAUUUAUCGCGAUAAUGUGUUAUCCAAAGAAAGAAAAAAUCUCGUUGAACAAAAGGUCACUCAUAUAGCUUUGGAGCCUAUGAGCGUAAAUGAGCUACCACGUAAAGUAACGGUAUAUUUAGCACCGCCGUUAGGUGAUGGAAUACAUAAGGCGAGGGUUCAUUUUCGAGAAUAUGUCAAGCCGGUCCUUGUUGCUGCAGCAAUGGAAUAUGAGCUCGUUGAAGGCACACAACCAGGACAACUUCGUUCCAAAGUACGAGAUGCAAUAAUAAAGAAGCGUAAAGCUGCAAAAACAUCAGCUCCGACUGGUAUCGAGUCUAAUAAUACGCAUCAAACACCGCAUUUAUUAAACACAACAAUUGGAGAUGGCAUCAUUGUUGUUGGUCGUGUUAGUCUGGUUGAGUAUCUACAAGGAUUAAAUGAUGGAUGUACUUCUUCGCUUACGGACUCUCAAGAAACAAUAUCAAAUGAAAAAGACACGAAAAAUGAUAAUGAUUCAAUUUCAUCGACAGCAAGGCCUGAAAAUAUUAUGCCUGAUCCAUUAAGCAGCUCUCAGGUAGUUAAGCAGGAUGAGUUUUCUAUUCCUGAGCUUGAACCGAUUGGAUAUAUUCGUUUCUAUAACAGGAUUGGAUGGAAAUAUCUACCGCUGAGAAUUUAUCAUGCUUUUAAUUCCUACUUAAAUUUUGAUACUGCCGGUGAGGACACGGUUAAAGUAGCAUUAAAAAACUCAAGGGAAUUUACAGAUGAUGAUCUAAAUCUUGGCAUGGAUGAAAAAAAGUUCUUAAAAGGAACUCUUGAAAACCCAGAAUUAGAUCAUAGAAUUUUAAGUAAACUAAGAAUCUAUAUCUAA